CAGUGAUGGCGGCGGCAGCGGUGGCGGCGGCUCCGGGCCCGUGCGGGGCGGGGGGGCCCCGCGUGUCCAGCGGCCGGGACCUGAGCUGCGUCCCGGAGGUGGCGGAAACGCUGGGGGCCGUGGCCCGGCAGGGGUUCGAUUUCCUGUGCAUGCCGGUCUUCCACCCACGUUACCGCCGGGAGUUCACCCACCAGCCGGCCCGUGGCCGCCCCGGCCCCCACACCCGCUCUGACCUGCUGCUCUCGGGGAGAGACUGGAACACGCUGAUCGUGGGGAAGCUCUCCCCCUGGAUCCGCCCUGACGCCAAGGUGGAGGCGGUCCGCAGGAACUCGGAGGCGGCAAUGCUGCAGGAGCUGAACUUUGGGGCGUACCUGGGGCUCCCCGCAUUCCUGCUGCCACUGACGCAGGGCGAGAACCCCAACCUGGCGCGGGUGCUGAGCACCCACAUCCACACCGGGCACCACAGCACCAUGGUGAGUGCAGGGCUGGGCGGAGUGGGCAGGCAGGGGGUGCGUCUGCCACUAACCCCUUGUUUUCCCCCCCAGUUUUGGAUGCGGGUCCCUCUACUGGCCCCCGAGGAUCUGCGGGACGACCUGAUUGGGAACGAGCCGGUGCCGGUGCCCGAGGACGGCUCGGGGGAUGAGAAGACGUGGAUAUGGUGGCACAAUUUCCGGACCCUCUGUGACUACAACAAGCGCAUCGCAGUGGCUCUGGAGGUGGGGCCAGACCUGCCCUCCAAUCAUGUCAUCGACCGCUGGCUGGGGGAGCCAAUCAAAGCAGCCAUCCUGCCUACUAGCAUCUUCCUGACCAAUAAGAAGGGGUUUCCCGUCCUCUCCAAGAUGCACCAGCGCCUGGUCUUCCGUUUGCUCAAGCUGGAGGUGCAGUUCAUCGUGUGGGGCGCUCACCACCACCCCGAGAAGGAGUUCUGCUCCUACCUGCAGUACCUGGAGUAUCUGAGCCAGAACCGGCCGCCCCCCUCCGCCUAUGAGCUCUUCGCCAAGGGCUACGAGGACUAUCUGCAGUCCCCCCUGCAGCCCCUGAUGGACAACCUGGAGUCCCAGACCUACGAGGUCUUUGAGAAGGACCCCAUCAAAUACUCCCAGUACCAGCAGGCGAUCUACAGGUGCCUGCUGGAUCGGGUGCCCGAAGAGGAGAAGGAGACAAAUGUGCAGGUGGUGAUGGUGCUGGGGGCUGGCCGGGGCCCCCUGGUCAAUGCCACACUGCGGGCAUCCCGUCAGGCCGGCCGGCGAGUGAAGAUCUAUGCCGUGGAGAAGAACCCCAAUGCUGUGGUGACACUGGAGAGCUGGCAGUACGAGGAGUGGGGCUCACAGGUGACCGUGGUCUCGUCCGACAUGCGGGAGUGGUCGGCACCUGAGCAGGCCGAUCUCCUGGUGUCGGAGCUGCUGGGCUCCUUUGCCGACAACGAGCUGUCCCCCGAGUGCCUGGACGGGGCGCAGCACUGCCUGCGGGCGGGCGGCGUGAGCAUCCCCAGCACCUACACGUCCUUUCUGGCGCCCAUCUCCUCCUCCAAGCUGUACAACGAGGUGCGGGCCUGUCGCGAGAAGGACCGGCACCCUGAGGCGCAGUUCGAGAUGCCCUACGUCGUGCGGCUCCACAACUUCCACCAGCUGGCGCCGCCCCAGCCCUGCUUCACCUUCCACCACCCGCACCCAGACCCAGACCGGGACAAGAGCCAGUACCGGCAGCUGGAGUUCGCGGUGGAGGUGAACACGGUGCUGCACGGCUUCGCCGGCUACUUCGAGACCACGCUCUACGGCGACGUCACGCUCAGUAUCCGGCCCGAGACGCACUCCCCCGGCAUGUUCUCCUGGUUCCCCAUCUUCUUCCCCAUCAAGCAGCCGCUGGCGGUGCGCGCGGGCGAGCGCGUGCGCGUGGCCUUCUGGCGCUGCGCGGGCCCGCGCAAGGUGUGGUACGAGUGGGCGGUGACGGCGCCCGGCUGCUCUGCCCUGCACAACCCGAGCGGCCGCUCCUCCACCAUCGGCCUGUGAGCGAUCGCCACGUCACGGAGACCCCGCCCCCCGAUCUUCCCUCUCGGCCUCUGGGCGUGCGCAACGUCAGCGGGGUAGCCUGGGCCGAGACCCCGCCCCACGCGGCGCUCCCGCUCCCGCUCCCCUUUGUCCCCGGUCUGUGCGUUUCAAUAAAGCUUUCUGUCCCGG